AUGCGUCAUCCGGCAGAUUCUUUAGCCUGGAAAACUUUUGACAAGACACAUCCAUUAUUUGCUUCUGAAUCAAGAAAUGUCAGGUUGGCACUUAGCACAGAUGGAUUUCAGCCAUUCGGGCAAAGUGGUUCACAAUACUCAUUAUGGCCAGUAAUUUUAACCCCAUACAAUUUGCCACCGUGGAUGUGCAUGAAAAAUCCAUACAUGUUCCUCACUGUGAUAGUGCCAGGUCCGAAGAAUCCCAAACAGAAUAUUGAUGUGUUUCUACAACCCCUGAUCGCAGAGCUCAAUGAUUUGUGGACUGAAGGAAUUCCAGCAUAUGAUAUAUCAAGAAAACAAAAUUUUCAGCUACGCGCAGCGUUGAUGUGGACUAUCAGUGACUUCCCUGCAUAUUCAAUGUUGUCGGGGUGGAGCACAUCUGGACAUCGUGCAUGUCCAUAUUGUAUGGAUGACUCACAAGCUUUCUCCUUGAAGCAUGGACGAAAAACCACUUGGUUUGAUUGUCACAGGAGGUUUCUCAAUAGAAAUCAUCGGUUUCGUAGAGAUAAAAAGAAUUUUAUAAAGAACAGAACCGAACAUUCUGGUCCUCCUUCGAUCUUAAGCGGAGAAGAGAUACUUUAUAACUUGGAACAGUUUGAAUUCAAGAGAGUGUUUGAUGAAGGUGCAGAAACAUCAAAUUCCGAGUUGAGCAAGAUUUUUGGAUGGAAUAAACGAAGCAUAUUUUGGGAUCUUCCAUAUUGGAAGACAAAUUUGAUUCGUCAUAAUCUAGAUGUCAUGCACAUAGAAAAAAAUGUUUUUGACAAUAUCUUCAAUACCAUCAUGAAUGUGGAAGGCAAGACAAAAGAUAAUCCUAAUGCAAGAAGAGAUUUGGAAGAGCUUGGCAUACGACCCGAACUUUGGCCAUAUGACGGAAAAUAUCAUAAGGCAAAUUUCACACUUGACAAAGAAAGCAUGAAAUUAUUGCUCAAGUGGCUCAACAUUUUGAAAUUCCCGGAUGGUUAUGUUUCUAACCUGUCAAGAUGCAUUGAUAUGAAGAAACACAAGUUGUAUGGUAUGAAAAGCCACGAUUGUCAUGUGUUUAUGCAAAGAUUGCUACCGAUUGGACUUCGUGAGUUACUUCCACACGCUGUAUGGGAACCUCUGACAGAGUUGAGCAAUUUCUUUAGAGAUCUCACUGCUACAGUGAUAAGAGAUGUUGAUAUGGCAAAGUACAGUGAGUCGAUUGUAGUUACCUUAUGCAAGCUCGAGAUGAUAUUUCCCCCAUCUUUUUUUGACUCCAUGGAGCAUCUUCCGGUCCACUUAGCAUAUGAGGCAUUGAUCGCAGGACCGGUGCAUUUCCGAUGGAUGUAUCCGUUUGAACGGUAUAUGCGCAGGUUGAAGUUGAAUGUAAAGAAUAAGGCUGUUGUGGAAGCAUCGAUAUGUAAUGCAUAUUUGGCUGAGGAAUCAUCUCAUUUUUGCACUCAUUACUUCGAGUCACAUGUCCGUUGCCGCAGUAGAGAUGUUCCUCGUAAUGACGACGGAGGGGGAUCUACUCACCCUAAAGAUAUGCUUCAAAUUUUUACGUAUGAUACCAGAUGUGUUGGAAAGGGACGGACACGAUUCUUGUCAGAAAUCGAGUACAAAGCUGCACAUACUUACAUAUUGCUUAAUACACAGGAAGCAAAGGAGUUUGAGCUCAUGUUCGUUGAGCAAUUGCGCGAGUGUUUUCCAGGAAUAACACUGCCCCAGAUAGAUCAAGAAUUAGAAAAUCACUAUGCAUCAUGGUUUAAUGAAUAUGGCCAAAAUAACUUGCCUCGCGAUAGUCAUAUGUACUAUUUAUCACAGGGACCAUUGAUCCGGGUGACGAGUUAUAAUGCUUGUGUUGUCAAUGGAUAUAAAUUCCACACAGACUCUUAUGGAAAGAGCAAAUCCACCGUCAACAGUGGGGUGUGCAUCAGAGGGUCGAAUUACAGCUAUGACGAGGAUGACUUCUACGGCAUUUUAAAAGAAGUUGUGGAGGUGGAAUACCGUGCGAGACCAAUAAAGAAAGUUGUCUUAUUCAAUUGUGUAUGGUAUAAUCCGGCUCCACCUCCACGCGGUGGUACAUUUAUUCAUCCGAAGUACAAAAUUACAGAAGUGAAUAUUAUGAAAGAGUACCCGAAAUAUGAUCCCUUCGUCUUAGCCAAACAAGCAUCUCAAGUUUAUAUUGUACCUUUUCCAAGCAAGAAAAAAGACAAAGCGAACUGGCGAGCAGUGUUCAAGGUUCGAGCAAAGAAAUUUGAUUCUAGUUACACCACCAUGAAAGAGGCAGAAGAAGAUACGGCUUUCCAAGAAGAUGAAGUGGAAGUUCACGAAAUUUCUGAUGAUGUGCAAUUCAUCGAUCUUUCACAUCGUGAUCCUAGUGGUGCAAUGAUUCCAAUUUUAAGAGAGGUAAGAAGGAUCGAUCGUUUCUCUCUGGGGCUUGCAGUGGAGUGGUAA